CUCGUAGUAAGAGAGGCCCGGAUGGAGGACGCGGAGACGCGCCGUUGCUAUGGCACCUGCGUCCCUGCCGCCGUGGGAGCAGGUGCCGGGGUCUCCCUCGCCUCACUGUCUGUCAGAGCUUAGAAAGAGGAGGAGAGGAGAGCUCCCCCGGCCAUCUCUGUGACCCCAGCCGCUGCAUCUCACACAGGCAGGAGGGGGAACCAGAGGGAGAGAAGGGAAGGAUGAUGCGGAGAUUUUUAUGCAUUAUUCUAUAACAAACAGAAAAUGGAUGAAAAAUAAAGAUAUGGACUCAAAAGAAAGUGGAGAAUAUGAAGAUGACUUUGAAAAGGACCGAUGGUUAAUUAAUGAAAAAGAAAAAAGUGGUGCCAGCAUAAUAGAGAAAAUAUUAAUUAUCACCUACCAUGGAUCCGAGGCUAUUGUGGGUACUGGGGAAAUGGCAGCUUCAAAACAAAGGGCUCUCAUCCAUCUUACUCAUUUUGUUGGUGGUAUAAUCACUUCCUCCUCUGAGGCUGGCAGGAAAAUGGAUGACAGAGAUAGAGACUGGGAUGAGGGCUGGGGGAAUAUUAACCAAGAAUUAAAAGACAAUGAAACAGAAACAGAACACACUGAACGAGGUUCUGAUCCUGACAAAUCUUUGAAGGAUGAAGUUUCACCAAGAAGAAAUGACUUCAUUUCUGUACCGAGUAUUCAACCUUUGGAUCCCGUAUCAGAUUCAGAUAGUGAAAACUCUUUCCAGGAAUCCAUAGAAAGCCAGAGAGCCCUGGAGGAGGAAGAGGAUGAGGAAGUAAGGAGAUAUAUUAUGGAAAAAAUUAUACAAGCCAACAAGAUUCUACAGAAUCGACCUGUGAAUGAUAAAAGGGAACGGAAGCUUAAGUUCAAAGACAAAUUAGUUGAUCUGGAAGUUCCUCCACUGGAAGACACUGAUACUUACAAAAAUUAUCUUGAAAAUGAAAGUAGUAUGUCUGGAAAACUCUCACAGUUACGUAUUUCCAAGGAAUUUGGACAAGAAAAUGUGCUCAUGUCACUAACUGAUGGAAAUUGUGAAGAGAACAAGGAUAGGAAAAUUCUAGUCGAGAGAGAUGGAAAGUUUGAACUUCUGAAUUUACAAGACAUUGAGAGUCAGGGGGUUUUGCCCCCCAUUAAUACUAAUAGUACAGAAAACGAGCCUCACCAGUUGUCAUCCAGAUCUUCCAACUCAAAUGUUAGUGGUGUCAAGAAAGAAGAGCCGAUAGCAAAGAUUCAUGCUGUUGCUCAUUCAUCAACAGAAGAGCCUGCUUAUAUCCCUCAGCCACCAGCCAACCCCAAGACUCGUCCAAGUUCUUCUGCCAACUCAGAUCGAAGUAAGGGGAAUGGGACUAAUCACAGGACACAGUCUGCAAAUACACCUCCAGUGACCUCAACAUAUUGUCUUUCCUCUCGACAGAAAGAACUGCAAAAACGGCUAGAAACAAAGAGAAAGCUAAAGAGAGAGGAAGAACAACGAAAAAUAGAAGAAAAAAGAAAAGAAAAAGAGAAUGACAUGGUUAAAGCAUGGUUGCAAAAGAAAAGAGAGCAGGUCAUAGAAAUGAGGAGAAUUCAGCGAGCAAAGCAAAUCGAAGACAUGAAUAGCAGAGAAAACAGAGAUCCACAACAAGCUUUUCGAUUAUGGCUUAAAAAAAAGCACGAAGAGCAGCUGAGAGAAAGAAAGACAGAAGAACUACGAAAGCAGGAGGAAUGUUUAUUCUUCCUUAAAGGGACCGAAGGCCGCGAAAGGGCCUUUAAACAAUGGCUACGAAGGAAACGGAGAAAACUAGCAGAGCAACAAGCUGUCAGAGAAAGAACUAGACAGCUCCGACUAGAAGCAAAGCAUUCUAAACAAUUGCAGAGCCACCUACAUAUGUCAGAAGCCAAAGCUUUUCGUUUUACUGAUCAUUACAAUUGAAAGUAUCUUAAAUACUUCAU